AUGAUAUUAGGCACAGAAGUAAACGAGUUUGUGACAAAUCGUCAAUAGUCUAAAAUACACUACCUGUCUUAGGAGAAUAAACUUCUACAAGAGUAUAUUGCUGACUUAGAGAAUGCAUUGAAGUUGAAUAAAUAGGCCAUGUCAUUGGCUUUGGAUAGCAAGCGAUCUCAACAAACAAAAGAUGGAAGCAGCACUUCUUCAAGUGAAUAAUUUCAGAAUUCAGAAUUGGUCAAACAUUUAAAUGAGGAGAAUAAGAAAUUAAUGGAGGCCUUAACAAAACAACAAAAAGUGAGCAGCUAACUACAAACCAAAAUACUCCUAUCUGAAUAGAUAGCUGAGGAACAAUCAAAUUAUUAUAAAGACUUGAUUAGUGAUUUAGAAUAUAAGUUAAUUGAAUUGAAACGCAAUAUUCACGAUAAGGAAUACGCUAUAUAAGAGUUAGAAAGAAUGAAGCCGAUCUAGGAGAAGGAGGGCUAAUUAGUUAAAUUGGUUGAAGUAGUAACUCCUUCCGAAUAGAAUCUAAAAUUGCAUGAGGAGUUGGAAAGUGUGAGAGGAGUCUUGCAGAAAAUUACAGCGGAAGCUUAGAGUGUUUCAGAGAGCAAUAAUGCAUUAAGGGAAGUAAAUUAUCAUCUGAAAAGGGAAAUAUUCAAAAUGAGAAUAGUACUGAGAAGUUAAGUGAACUAUUAAAAUAUGAAGGAUUUCGUGUACAAUGAGUAUCUUGAAAAAACAGAUAACAAUCUUGAAUUGAAUAGGGAGUUGUAAAAUCACAGAGGCAGACUAGAGUAAAUGCAUUAAGACCUGUAUGGAACAACAAGUCUCGGCUAUGGGUUUUCUCCAGAGCCAUAACAGUUGAAAUAUUUGAGCAAAAAUGAAAGGAUGAUUUAUUAAGAGAAAUUACAUAAAAUGGAGAUGAUGGUUAAAGGAUUCAAAGAACUAUUUGAAAAAGAAAAAAACAGUAAUUUAAAUGUGAGCAAAUUGUAUAAUGAAUUAAUCAAGAGGUACGAAUAAAUUCAAGACACCAAUGAAUUAUUAAUACGAUCAAACCAAUUAAAAGAUUAAAGGAAUGAUCAAUUAAUGGCAGAACUGUAAUUUUAUAAGAAAUAAAACUAAAACUUUAUGGAACAACUCAAAACUAGAAAAUAAUUCAACUCUGUACAAUUAAAUCAAGAGUAAGAUAUAGCUGUUGGCAUCUUCAGUCCCAGAUUCAAUUAAAAUAAUGAACGAGUCAAUACUUAACCAUCCUAUUUUGUCAGAUAAUCUUAACAGGUAUCAAAUGCUGAUGUGAAAUUUGAUGACACAGAACCAAAGGAAAAUAUCUCAGUUCAACUAAGCAAUUCUAAUCAGAAAACUCAGAAUCAGAAAUAAAAUCAAUAGGUUGUCCCCUAAAUGAAAAUGAAGAAAUUGCAAUUAAAAGAGUUAGAAAUCAAUACUGAUGAGAACUUUGAGCAAGCACCCUAUUGUUAGACUGCCAGAGCUGAUUCAAAACCAAUUACUAGAAAUCAAAUGCAAUCUUAGAAAGCUUAGUACUAUGAUAUGACAAGGGAAGAAUGCGUUAACUUCAUUAUGUCAAUGUCAAGUGAAUUCUUUUAGCAUUUCGACAUAAGUAAUAUAAAGAAAAAAUAGUUAAUUAAAUAAAUGGAAGAUCCUCUGUCAUAAAACAAAAGAGUAAAACGAUCUUAUAGUAAUCCUUUUUCUUACUUUUCAAAUGAAACUCAAGUCGCUUUUUCGAAACCUCCUUAAUAAUCUGUUGUAGCUAUAACCAAAAAUGAAAUUUAAUAAUUAUUAGUUGAAUUAACAAGCAAAAAGAAGUAGUAAUCCGAGCAAUUUGAUUUAUUCAGUGUUGAUGUUUCUUAAAUUGACGGAAAUAAGAACAAAAAAUAAAUUCUUGAUUAAGAUAUUAGCUUUAUUUCAAAUAUCGAUUAAUAGGAUUGA